AUGAGCGGGACGGAGAUGGAAGUUGAGCUGUAUAUUUAUGAUCUCAGUCAAGGAAUGGCUCAAAUGAUGAGCAUGCCUCUUCUUGGCUUUCACCUUGAAGCGAUUUAUCACACAGCAAUCGUUUACAACGGCGUCGAGUUCUACUUCGGCGGUGGUGGAAUCGAUCAAUCAAGGCCUGGCGGGACUCACUUGGGCCCGCCCAUGAGAAAAGUCAAGCUCGGAAAAACAGAAGUAGAUCCCUGUACUUUCAACGAGUGGAUUCGAGCGAUGGGAUCUAGCGAAUACAGAGGGGAUACUUAUGCUCUUCUCACGCACAAUUGCAACAAUUUCAGCGAGGAUGCGGCUCAAUUCUUGGUCCAAAAGAGCAUUCCAGCUGAGAUCUUGGACAUGCCAAAAAAGGUCCUCGGAACUCCGUUUGGAAAAAUCAUCGAGCAGCAAUUUGGCUCCAUCAAAAUCACUCCUGGACAAUUUUAG